UCUGUGGAUAUAGUCGAACAAAAACAUAUUCGAUUGUUUCAUGUUCUAAAUGAGGUUCUUCAUAAUCGGCAACGGUUUCUUGAUAAUAUGGAAGAAAAAUUGGCUCUUCUUGAAAAAUUAGUUGAAGACAUUUUGCAGCAUGAAAGAAGACAUACAUUGCCACGAACGUGGAAAGAUAACAAUAUAAAUAUACAAUAUUAUGGCUAG